CACUCAGUCCUCCCUCCCCGUUACCGCCGCCAUUGUCAUUAAACCCGGGGUUUCCAUCCGCCCCCCUCCCCCACCCCCCCCUACCCCAGCCAUGGCCAAAAACCUGCCGCCUGAAGACCCCAACGUCAUCGCCAAGAUCGUGGAUCAUCUGAAGAACCGCGGUCUGUUCGAUGAGUUCCGCAGAGACUGCAUCGCCGAUGUCGACACGAAGCCAGCCUAUCAGAAUCUCAGACAGAGAGUUGAUAAUUUUGUGUCCAAUCACUUGGCUAAUCAUGAGUGGAAUCCAACUCUUAACAAAAAUCAGCUGCGUAAUGAACUUCGACAAAGGGUCUGUAAAUCAGGAAUGUUGGAAUCUGGUGUGGACAGAAUUAUUUCUCAGGUCGUGGAUCCGAAGCUGUAUCACAUAUUCAAACCGCAGAUAGAGAAGGCAGUUCAUGAAUUUAUGGCCACAGAAAUGAAUGAGGAAGCUGUACCAAAUCCACCACAGGAACCUGAAAAACAGGAGCUAUCUGCUCCAGCUUCAGGUAACACUUCAAAUGCUUUAGCACCAGCAUGACUGAACAUUUUCUACCUACAACAGUAACUGCACAAUCAGUCGAGAAUAUAUUUUGACUAUGGGACAAAGUUGCUUAUCUAGGAUUAAUCAAGACAUGUUGUUUAUAGUUUACAUUAACAUUGCUGAAUGCUUUUUAUGAAAUAAGAACUGAGCAAUGAAGAAAGUGUAAUUUGAUGGAUCUCAAUUUGGAGAUUCUGUAAGAACAGAUGCUGAGACAAUUUUCAAUGCCUGAAAUUUUGAAGAGAAAUUAAGACAAUUAGAGUAAAUGAAGAAAAAGCUCUGGAAGAAUUCUGGCUUCCAUUGAAGGAGGACCUGUACUGAAGAUUUAAAAAAAAAAAAUUUUUUUUUAAAAAAGAAGAGUAAUACCCAACUGCCCAAAAGGAUAAUUUUGAAGAUUAAUCUUGAAAACCUCCCUAGACAGAACAGUUCCCUCCCCCUACCCACCCCCUUCCAAAGGUAAUGAAAUGUAUGUUCACAUAUUUUCUGAGAAUUCUACACGUUCAAUACAAUACAAUCAGUUUUAUUCGUCACAUUAAACAAUACUAUCUGAUUUCUUCAGAAAAUAACCAUCUGAAGAAGGUGUGAAUGACCAUGUUUUGGCUGUUGUACCUUUUUUGUUUUGGCAGAUUUUGGUUUGAAUUUCAGAAAAUAUUUUCCCUUUAUAAAAAAUUUAAAAAAGUAAUGUGUGCUCUGGUGGAACAUUAAGUGAAAUGUAGGAUUCAAUAUUUUGCUCUUUUAUGUUGGGUGUCUGAUUUCAGGUGACUGGAAUUUGAAGUCAAUAUUUGAAAUGUUCAAUAUUUCAGUAUUGACUUGGAAAGAUAAUGACUAAAAAUAAGCACAGUUAUUUAAAAUAGCUUUCCUAAUAAUUAAUGAAGGGAUUGGGUUUAGUUCAAUACUAAACCGUAAAAGAGCACAGCUAUUUCUUGUCUUGUGGCUUGCAUAUUUGGCGGCUUUAUCGUACAAAAUAACCACACGUUGGUAAUAGCAACUCGGGCUGAAACAUAAGAAUGGUUAUGGCCAGUAACAUAAAACUUGUGGACAGCCUAAAUAUGUGACAUUCAUUGUGUGCAUUUUGUUUUGUAGCAUUCCAUAUUUUGUUAAUCACAUAAUUUGAGAAGUUAAUUUAUUUUCAGACACAGGUCUUGAUUUCUCUGAACACCAGAACUUCUGAUGUGAAAUAGGCUAUGGGAGAGUAAAAUCUUAAAUUGUCUGGGUCUUUUCACAUUUUUUUCAAUGUGUAUUUGAUUCAUGGCCAAUUUAUAAUUUGUGCCAUUUUAUGUCAUAUUCUUAAUGAUGAAGAGAUCAUUUUCAUCAAACUCUGGAUUAUUUGAAUUUAAAAAAAGUAUUCCACUGUGACUAGGUUAGAUACAUUUUAGUGCUAGUGCGUCCAAGAAUUUGUUGAAUCACUGGAUCACCAAGAUUAUAGUGAAUACUGUAGUACUUUUGUUACGGGAAAUCAUAAGUAUCAUUUCAUCCAGAUUAAGGUCAACAGGGUACAUUUUAUAGAAGUUACAAAUGAAGCUGAAUUAUGAUCAAACUGUAGGGCUGGUCCCCUGUAAAUGCAUGGUUACACAGCUUUGUUGUUAAGAGUGCACAGACUCUUAAACUACCAUUUAUUCUGGCAUAUAGUAGUUAUGGUUACAUUAUAACGCAAAUUAAAUUGGAUCAAGUUGACCUACAUGAUUUUGUUGCUAAUUUUACAAAUGGUCUUUUAAUGCCCUUGUGACUUUGCUGCAAUAGCUUACCUCUGUAAAUUCUCUGCAUUUAGCUGCUAAAACUGUUAAAAGCCAUGUUUCUGACUGAGUUCACUUCACUCUAGGUAGGGUUCAACUGAAAUCUAGAUUCACUGUUUCCUACGGGUAGUAGAAUUUAGAAAUGUCAGUGUGGUAACUUUGAAAGGAGUUGAUGCACAGAAUUUAUUACAAAAUCUCUACUACUUUACUCUUUAGUCAAAAUUUCUUUCCUUAACUUGUGGCUAAAAUAAUCUAGUAUUGACACUGAAAUGGAGUACUGUGAAAUUCAAUUGUCUUAUUUAAAAAAAAUAAACCUAAUCAACAAUCUAUUGUGCAAAAGAUACCAAAAUGUGAUGUUUGUUUAUUGUUAUACUUUAAGAGCGCAAAUAUAUCUUUUUGGUAAUUUCAAUAAAAUUGAGCAAUGUAAAAAAAAAAUCAUUUGUACCAAAUAAAAGUUUACAGAAAGUUGA